UGUGUGGCAAGCAGAAGGCGACCGCCGGUAAGGCCGCGUCUCUAAGAUGCUGGGGUGUAAUCGGUCGCUGAACCGUUUGUUUACCGGAGCCGAUGCGCCAGCAACUAGGUGUAGGUCAGGAAGCUCUGGUGGGGGCCUCGCGCCGGCCAACAGUCCGACGCCAACGACAGCCGCGCGCGCAUCCACCGCGCAGAUAUGGACCCACAGUGGUCAAUCUUUGUAUAACCGGUUCUUGACACCGAAAGUGACUUCCAUUGUUGUGUUCUAAGGAUGAAAUCUAUUCGUGAUUUAUAAAAAAAUAUAUACUUAGUGCCAGUGCUAGAACAAAGUGAUCAGCUUCCAUCAUCAAAGGAUUCUUUGACUGGUCAUCAUCGGAUAUUUUCCAACAAAAUGGGAGAAUGCAAGCAUAACCAACAAUGGUGGUCUACAGGUCUGCUACUGCUGAUGGUGCUGUACGCAAGCGCGCAGAGCUCGCAAUGUCCGUGGGAAGGUGCGCCCGCACUGCAUGCCGCAUGCGUAUGCGCAUAUAACUUGGCGAGGGAUAUAUCUAUCCAAUGUGAUCAGGUUGACUUCCCAACGCUUUUGUCAGCUUUUAACGUGAGUGCACGCAACAUUGUCAUCGAUCUGCUAUAUAUAAAUAAUUCAAGCAUUCCCGUUCUCACUCAUAACAUGUUCGCAAACCUUAAAAUCCAUAAUCUCCAAAUAUCUGGAUGUGGAAUAAAGCGAAUAGAAGAUGACGCUUUUCGAGGACAAGGACCAUAUCUCAAAAACCUGAAUUUGCAAGAUAACGAAUUGACUGAGGUUCCAGUGAAAGCCUUAAAAAUAUUAAUUAAUCUCUCCCUUUUAGACAUAUCGAAAAACCGCAUAACGCACAUCCCUAAUCAUUCUUUUAUUACACUCAGGAAGCUUACUACUCUGAAAGUGUCUGACAACAAUGUUACACUGGAACCACAAACGCUCAGUGGCUUAGAAAACUCAUUGAAAAAUUUUAACCUAAAAGGUACAAAACAAAAAACAGUACCAGAAUGUAUAAGAGGUCUUCGAAGCUUAGCUUUCCUUGAUCUUUCUCAAAAUAGUAUAAGAGAACUUCCAGGCCCGGAUGGCAGCCGCACAUUCGAGGGAUUAGAUUCACUAACUGCGCUAAACUUAGAACGCAACCUGAUUGUACAUCUAAGAGAAGAUGCGUUUGCAGGAAUAAAGACUACACUCAGUUCUUUAAGUCUCUUAAACAACCUUUUGCCUGAGUUCCCGACUGCUGCGAUUGGAACACUGAGUGAUUUGAGAGUAUUAGACAUCGGAUUUAAUUUACUAAAUAAAUUACCAAAAGAUGCCUUCGUGAACAAUCCGUCAAUAACAUUACUAGCGUUAGAUGGCAAUCCUUUACCAACAUUGCCCGAAGAAGCAUUUUCACACCUGAACCAAACUCUUCGAGGACUCAGCCUCGGCGGCAGAUUCUUGAAUUGCGAUUGUCGCUUACGCUGGAUAAUUGAAUGGAUUCGUAACGGAGAGUUACAAGUCACAUCACGCGAACGAAAUCCGCAGUUCUGUGGGAAUCCACCCCAUUUCCGUGAACGUGGUUUUUACAGUUUUGAGCCAAAUGAAUUGGUUUGUGACUACGAUGUCACCUCAACUACAGAAAAACAAUCAAUGACACCAAAAACAAGUUCUGUGAUAACAACUACAGCCACUAGCACCUCUGUUCCAUCAACAACCAGCAGUUCAACAAUAUCACAAGAGACAGAAAUAAACAAUAACAACAUUGUGGCGUCAACUAAACCUGCCACCGUAUCGACUACCAGCAGCACGAGCACGGCACGGCCGAGCCGCGUGCCCUCCGUCCGUCCCGCCGCGCCCACCUGGCGACAUGCCCCGCACCAACGUCCUCCGCUGGUCAUGAACUUCCCACAACAAAAGCCAAAAAUAGAUGAUUCCAAUGAAGUUAUUGUGAAAAAUGCAUACAGGCAGGACAAUUCAGUAAUCAUUCAAUGGGACUCUGACGUUGCCAAUAUACUCGGCUUCCGUGUCGUUUAUCGACUCUUCGGAGACAAAAGUUUUAAACAAGGACCACCUUUAGAAGCCAGCGAAAGAGAAUUCAAGAUAAAAAACGUUCCUUCUCAGGAAUGUAUCGUGGUCUGCGUGAUCUCCUUGGAGGAGGUUCACGUGAGUCCAGAGACGGUGCCGUACUCUCAGUGCCGUGAAGUACGCACCGUUUCAGCCGCCGCCUCCAAUAUGGACAAGAUCACGAUUGCGGCAAGUGCUGCCAUCUGCGGCACAAUAGUCGUGGCGGUACUCGUAUUUGCCGCGGCAUCGCGUCGCCGAUCUCGCACCGUGCAUCGCCUGCACACGCAAGCUCCUGAGAAGAUGCCCAACCCUUGCUGCGGCGGGCUCACCGGCACUCCGAGUCCGAGCGGCCCGCUGUCUUCGUUGGCUACAAUCGGCGCAUUUGGAAAGCAGCGUGAGUGGGAUCAAGUGUCGGCUUAUAGCGCACGUUCGAUCCCGCGUGCACGUUCCUAUACUGAACCGGCUCCUCCGGACCCAUUACCAGGUCGCCCUGGAAGAGCUCGUUCCCUCGCUGACGGUCAAUCGCAACAUAGCUAUUCUCACUCCGGCCGCUACGGAGUGCCUGGAUACCCUAGUAGCCUUCUUGGAUCACGAGCUGAUCUCCGACAGUCCCGUCAGUCCUUAGGAGCGGCAUCGGAACGGGCCUCCCGUCUUUCCCUGAGUGGCGCGGCAGGCGGGGCAACGGGCGGAACGGCAGGGUCUCGACGGAGGCCGAGGUCUAGAUCACGACCUGCUAGCCGAUAUAGCGUUGGUUCCAUAGGUAUGGGAUACUGCGAUACAUCCGACAACUGGACUGAUCACGAUAUGGAUAUUUAUAUGGCGCGGAACCCAACGACUCGGAGCGGUCUUGUACCUUUAUAGCGUGCAAGGGAGCUGGCUCGGGGAGAUGUGACAUGUCGCGGGCCGUCAUCGCCGCCAUGGGGAGGCUACACUUCCUGGUGCAGCCAUGGAGUCCGUAAAGGACAGCGCCAGCGCCGGCACUCUCGCCGACAUAGCCACGAGAAACACAAUAGACGUGCGCACAAGCACUGCAGCCGACUCACGGGUCAGAGCCAGUGUGUCCGGUAUCCGUUAGAAUACUAAGUGUUAUAAUAUUGUUACCUACUUUAAAUACUUUGCGGUCAUGUACCAAUAGUUAACUGAGUUUUGGCGUACGUAAGAAUGUAGAUAUGCCAAGGACCGUAAGUUAGAUAACAAAUAUUUUGUUAGAAAUUCUAUAAAGUAGAAACGAAAUGUUUUUUUAACAAAUUCGUAAUUUAAAACGCAAAACUUUAAAGUAUAUACCAUAUACUUCAUACCUAACAGAUUAAAUGUUGUAUGAAUUAAAAAAUAAUGCAAUUGGUUAAUGGGGACUAGUCAAAAUGUUUGUUCACUGUGUAAAAACAAACAUUUUCCACUUAUGAUGUAUAUUAGUCAGUGACAGACUAAUGUUAUUGUGUCCACAUUUUGAACACGCAGUGUUCUUAUUACCACUGAUUUGUAUUAUAUGUUACUUGUAACGUAAUGUAUUUUUGGUGCAUAUUUAUUUUUAGUUAGGACUCUCAAUUAAUAUUUAAGGUGUAAAUAAAUCUUCUUAAAUAAUUAUAUUUUAAGUAAUUUAACUGUCGUUUUUGUAAACAGAAUAAAUUCUCAUGUUCACAGGAUGAAUUCCUGCACAAAUAAAGAUUUCUUUUU